AUGGGAGACGUUGCUGCAUCUAAUAUUCCACUGGCUCUUCAUUCACCACCAGAAUAUUGGCAGCCACAUGGCCACUAUGCUGAUGGCCUUAAUUCAAUGGCACAUGUGACUGAUAAUGGUCGUGUAGAAAUUGCGCUCAACGCAGACGAUGCGCAGGUAGGCAGCCUACUAAGUGCUCUCCAGCGUCAGCCAAACCGUCGUUCCUCGGAGAAGAAGAAAGGAGGGACUCAAUUUCCGCUCCGCCUUAACGUGGUUAUCCAUGUCGUCGGUUCGCGCGGUGACGUCCAACCGUUCAUAGCACUAGGCCGAGCAAUGCGGGAACAUGGACAUCGUGUGAGGCUGGCGACACACCUCGUGUUCCGAGACUUUGUCAAGGAGAACGGAUUGGAGUUUUUCAAUAUCGGCGGCGACCCAGCCGAGCUGAUGUCCUUCAUGGUCAAUAAUCCGAAGUUGUUCCCAAGGAUGAAAACCCUUCUUCAAGGGACCAUCGGAAGACGCCGAAAAGAGCUCCGGACGAUGAUAAGCGGAUGUUGGCGGUCUUGCUUUGAGGUUGGUGAGGGCGUUGACAUAACCAGCGAUGAGGGCAUAACUACGCCGCCGUUUGUGGCUGACACGAUCAUUGCAAAUCCUCCGAGUUUUGCACAUUUCCAUUGUGCGCAGAAGAUGGGAGUUCCUCUGCAUUUGAUGUUUACGAUGCCAUGUUCUCCUACCCAGGCAUUUCCGCAUCCAUUGUCGAAUAUUCACCUUCGCGAUAUGAAACGUUCUAUCGCCAAUUUCGCCUCCUAUGGUCUUACUGAGAUACUCGUCUGGCAGGGGGUAGGUGACUUGGUUAAUCGGUUUCGCCGCUUUGAGCUGGGCUUGGAGCAGCUGGAUGCCAUGAGCGCGCCGAGUUUGCUUCACCGGCUCCAUGUUCCCUUUACGUAUUUCUGGUCCCCUUCGUUGCUCCCGAAGCCAGACGACUGGCAUGAACACAUUAAUGUAACAGGCUUCAACUUUCUCGCUGCAGACCCCGGCUACACCCCUGCACGGGAUCUAGCCGAGUUCCUUGAUGCAGGUCCCCCGCCUCUGUAUAUCGGAUUUGGCUCCAUCGUAGUGGAUGAUCCGGACGCCCUUACGCGGACUAUCCUGGACGCGGUCGAAAUGACAGGCCAGCGGGCCCUUAUCUCAAAAGGAUGGGGUGGUCUCGGAGCCGACAAAAUAAAUCGGCGCGAUGUGUUCUUCGUGGGUAACUGCCCACAUGACUGGCUAUUCCCACGAGUCUCGCUCGUGGUUCACCACGGCGGGGCCGGAACAACAGCUACCGGAUUAGCCUCGGGUCGACCGACUAUCGUUGUCCCCUUCUUUGGUGACCAGCUUUUCUGGGGCGGUUUAGUGGCGCAGAAUGGCGCGGGUCCAUCGCCAAUACCCAACCGGGACCUGACCUCCAAUCGAUUGGCUAGUGCCAUUCAUUUCUGUUUGAAGCAGGAAACCGUCAAGAAAGCACAGAAGCUUGGUGAGAAUAUUCGAGCGGAGGAUGGUGUCCGCACUGCGCUGGAAAGUUUCCACCAGCGGUUGGAUGUCCAUCGUCUUCAAUGUGCGUUGUGUCCCAACCGUCCAGCUGUUUGGCGGAUCAGGAGAACGAAGGUACUACUCAGUGCCUUUGCGGCUACUGUUCUCGUCGAGGAAAAGAAGCUUAACCCCAAAAAUGUGAAAUUAUACCGCUCACAACACUAUGACACGAACUAUGGCUGUCUAGGAACCGAGGCUUUCACGGGUGCCAUGAGCAAUUUUCUCACAGGGCUUGUCGAUAUGCCCGUAAAUGCAGUGCAGAAUUUAUCCCAGCCGGCCUCGGACCGCUUCGCCUUUAACUACAACCUGCCUUCGCGUAUUCAGACACCGGCCAUCUUAGACUUAGACGUGGACUUGCCGGCGGGAUCUUCUCGGUCGGUAGGUACACAAAACGACAAUUGGAUGUCCACAUCUACUCUUUCGUCUGGGGCGACGACCCAGUCCCAGGUGGGCACGCCGUCGAUGGUACUGAAAAGGAAUCCGUUGCAGAAGGCAGCGGCGAAUGCAAGCUAUAUGGCUCGUCGGGUCCUAAAUUGGGGUAUAGAAGUACCCAUGGGCCUUGCCUUGAUGUUUUCACAAGGCCUCCACAAUACACCGCGUUUAUACCACGACCGGACUGUGCGGGAUACACCCGAGGUCACUGGGUUUAAGUCUGGGUUUGUUGCAGCUGGGAAGGAAUUUGGAUAUAGCUCAUAUGAUGGAAUCACCGGCGUAGUGACUCAACCCAGCCAGGGUUGGAAAGAUGGGGGAUUUAGCGGAGUGGCUAGAGGAUUGGGAGGCUUAAUCCUCAAACCUCAAGCUGGGAUGUGGGGAUUACUCGGUUACCCAUUGUGUGGAAUUCAUCGAGAGAUAGAGCGCUCAUAUGGUGCAGACAGAGAGGACUACGUCGUGAAGUCGCGGAUCCAACAGGGGCUGGCGGAAUCGAAUGUUGCUUCGCCGAAGGAGAGGGCAGCCGUGUUGGAGAAAUGGAGCGUUUAUGAGGGAGGAGUCCACAGUAAAAACGAAACGCACGCUCGAUGA